CAUUUCUAAUGUUUUACCAAAUGAUCGACAAAUGAGAGAUUCAGUCAAAGAGUUGGCGUUUAUUUAAAUUACUAAUUAAUAAUUCAAAUCAUUUAAACAUUGUUUACAUUUCAUCUCAAAUUUGCUUCAAAUCAAUGGAUUUUUUGUCUUCGAGUCGUCUUUUAAAUACAUCUAAUAUGAUGUCCAAUGCAUCUAAACUAAGACACGAAGAGAUGACUGACAUUAAAGUACCGAACCAUUGGUCACAUCAUCUGAUUAAUAGUCCCGAUGUUGUAAAUUGUGUGGCCUUUAGUUCAGAUAAAUUAUCUCAUAAUUUGUUGGCAUUUGAGGCCAACUCAAGAGUUUUUGUCAUUAAGUUAGUCAUAACUGAUGAUAAACUUGACACUAGUUUUGAUUACGAAUUAAUCCAAGAUUUUAUAAUUGGUGUCAAAUGCUGUGCGAUAGCUGUGAGUCCCGAAACCAAAUUGGAUCCGAUAGAUACAUGUCUUAAGUUCGCAGUGGCCACACAUCAGUACGACAUUCGGGUCAUUACAUCAGACAUCAAGUCUAGCGAACCCAUUGUUAACUUAGCAUAUCUUAGACAACAUACAGAUUUUGUUAAUGAUAUUUGUUUUGAACCAUUUAAUGGUCAGACAUUGGCUUCAGUUAGUGAUGACUGCACUUGUUGUUUGUGGUCACUGGUCAAUGAUGAACCCGAACUCACGGCCAAACUUACAUUGACAUCGGCGGGCGUUACUGUUAAGUGGCAUAUGAGUGAACCAAACAAAUUAUUAAUCGCAGAAAAGAAGGGAACCAUUCGUUUUUAUGAUUGCCAAACACAACGUCCUCUCUUGUCGUGUGAUUGCAACCGAUAUCCACUUUUGUCCGCCGAUUGGUCGCCAACUAAUAGCUUGUCUAUAGCUUGUGUCUCAUCGAGUGAUAUAUACUUUUGGGACACUUCUCUUUCGAGUUUGCCAAUUGAACAGCGAAGAGGUCACUUGAAUGGUUCUCAAGCCAUCAAAUUCUUUGAUGCAAAUAUCAUUGCUACCCGAGGAAGACCUAAUAGCACUGUUAGGGUUGAGAACCUUAAGACAAAACAGGUAUUACUAAAUGAAUUGAUGAAAGCGGGCGCCGGUAUUGCUUGGAAUUGCAAACUACCCAUUCUUGCGGUCGGCGCUAAUAAAUGUGUUCAUAUUUUUAGGUUUUCUACAAUUAUUUGA